UCAGACUCGUGUGUGUUCUGCUUCUAACGAGCCGUUCUUCCUGCUUUUUCCUUUCUGGGACUAAAAAAAAGAAUGCUUUUACCACUGCCACUCGAACUAUUACGCGGCGACGAAUCUGUAAACUUCUUUAAUGUGACUCCUGCAAGGCCACAAACCGCAUGCAAGUAUUGAGUUCCAAAACCGCAGCGAUGGGCGACAAGCACAUUCCAUCCGCCUCCGAAAUCGACGACACUUGUGCCUAUGUGUGCGGUUGGGGUGCCGCCUUCGUCAACAUCAUCGUCACCUUCCCCAUGAACAAGGUAAUGUUCCGGCAAAUGCUGCACGGCGUUCAGACCAACCGUGCGCUGGCGCAGCUGCGACACGAAGGUCUCCGACAUCUGUACCGCGGCUGCCUUCCUCCCCUCGUCCAGAAGACCGUAUCCGUGUCCAUCAUGUUCGGGACGUUCCACGGUUACAGCCGCUUCAUUUACAGCCACUUCCCCGAUGCCAACCAACUGACGGUGAAAUUUUUCGCCGGUCUCAUGGCCGGCACCACCGAGGCCAUACUCACCCCUCUCGAGCGCAUCCAAGCCCUUCUUCAGGACCGCGAGCAUCACCACAAGUUUAAGAACACCGCCGAAGCGGUCAGGUACCUCCGACCGUACGGCGUGAGAGAGUACUACCGUGGGCUGGUGCCCAUACUCGCUCGGAACGGCCCCAGUACUUUCCUCUUCUUCACCCUCCGCGACGAGGUCAACAGGGUGCUGCCUGUCGACCGUUCCGUACUGUGGGAGGCAACGUUCAGUGACUUUGUCAGCGGAGCCGUGGUGGGUGCUUUCGUCAGCACCAUCUUCUACCCGAUCAACGUGAUCAAGACGAUAAUGCAGGUCCAGUACGGUCCGCCGCGUCCCUCGAUACUGGCGGUGACCAGAGACACCUACGCGGAGCGCAAGACGCUGAGGAAGAUGUUCUACGGCGUGCACCUGAACUACACGCGGGCCCUCGUGUCCUGGGGGAUCAUCAACGCCACCUACGAGCUGUUGACGAAGCAGUAUCAAAGUUACUUUGGAAGUCACGUGACGUGAUCUCCUUCCGCUACGCGCGAUAUAGUAGUCAUAGUGAUAUUUUCUUCUUCUUUUGGGCGGAUGUAGUACGCUGCGGAGAGACUUAUUUUUGCGUCGUUUAUGGCACACUAAGAUGCAGACUUAGAUUGGCAGUUAUAACUUUUUUUACACGCAAAUUAUUUAUUACACAAUUUAUUCUUCGAGAGGAGCAUUCCUCGUUGCAGCAGCUUACCAAAUAAUUGUGCAGGGAGGACGCACACGUUUAUACGAAAUAUUUACUGCCACAGGAGCAAUUGUUACCUCAAUUUUUUUUUUCACAUUGUCGCUUCGCAAGAUUAAUAAAGUGACACGUUUUUUUGUUA